UGUCCGUGGAUUUGCGGGAAAAUUCAAUCAUAAUGUCGUCUUCUCUCAAUGAUUUGUUUGCGCAAAUCAUUGAUUCAGAACGAAGAGCACAGGAAAGAAAGAAUCAUUUGCAAGAAGUUAAAAGUCAGAUACGGCAAAAAGAAGCAGAUAUCAUUCACUUGAAACAUGAGAGAGAAGCCCUCCUCAAGGAACAGGAAAUAAAGGUGGCUCAUCUCAACCAGGAAGAAGUCAAUCUGAUGCUGAUAAAUAACAAGAAAGAAAUUCUCAUGAAUCAGAGAUCUCAGUUUCAGAAGGAAAGAAAAGACCAAGAAAGUCAACUGGAAUGCCUCGAAGAAGAGCUAUUCACUUUGAAUGAGAGGUUUUGCUCAAAUGUAGAAACAUUUGUCACCGAGUUUGGACUGUUGGGUAAUGGAGGGGAUAUCCGGAGAGAGGAGGCACUUCAACAGCUGGCAGACUUAGCAAAAGAGAAAAAUAAACUUCAGCAAGAUAUACAGGUCUAUGAGGAACGUAUGGACUCAUUGGGAAAGCUCAGAGACAAAGAAAAGAGUCUGAUGGAUUCACUUCUGACCACAAAAGGAAAACAUUUAGAACUUUGUGAAAAGUUGGCCGAGGAAAAACGCAAGUUGAAGAAGCAGGAAGAUGAGAAACACAAAAUCCAGUUACUGCCGACGACAGAUUCAGAGUUUGUCAGACUUCAGAAUGAACUCGACUCUCUCAAGGAGGAGGACCUGGAGGGGGCGUGUCACCGCCUACAACAGCAAGUUCAAACUCUACAGCAGCAGUUGUGGCAAAAAAAGGUCCAAGACAGACAUCAGCAGAAAAAGCAGCAACAGCCACGCCAGCAACAGAUAUGUAAAACCUUUCAGCAACCAGCCAAACAGCACCAGGUCCCUCCCACAACUAAAACGUCCACACAGGUUUUUACGGAUGAAGACGUACCGAGCGUGUCCACAAGUAAUCGUGUAUGUGUGUCCAACUUCACUUUCAAAACUUCUUCGGCUGGAACUGACCAAUCAAAGAGAGCUGUCGUAGAGGAUCUGGAAGUAGGCAACUUGGAUGAAAUAUUUGAUGACGACCUCAUGAAUCUCUCUGAGCAAAACAUGCAACCUGUUGAAAGGCAUCAGAUUUUUAGAAAAGGACAUUCCGCAAAAUGAUAUCAAUCAUAUUUGUACAAUGGCUAAUUCUUAACUACAAGAACAUUCUAAAAACUCAAUUAAUCGGUUAAAACCUUAGGUUAGUAGAAAUUCCCACCACUCGCUGCAGGCAUUGAAAAGUUAUUCUGCUGAUAACUUUCUAUUAUUUCCUCUAAAAUUAUACAAAGGCAAUUAAAGUGAAGGUCUGUUUUUUGGUAACACUUUGAAAUUAUCGACAGUAAUACUGCAGUAAAAAAUAAAUAAAUAAUAUUUUGACUGGUAUCUCAAUGAUAAGCUCAUCGCGUUAAGAAUUUUAGGGGUCAAAUCCUCGUAGCGGACUUAUAUUUAAUAUAUUUCUACUGCAUAUUACCGUGUGCUUUUGUUCCUGGACAUGCAAAUCCAAGAAGAUGACUAUUAACACAUGGUGUUUGGACUAUCUACCUUUGGGCUGUAUUUCUUCAAAUGUCAAAUAAAACACAUAUUUGAACAAAUUGCCUAUCAAAGGAAUAUGACACAUUGGCAAGGCUAUUAAAAUUCAGCAACGCUCAUGUUAAGAAAGUUUUCCAAGGAGAUGAUUAAGUGGCCGCAUCGUUACUAUUUUAUCCUGGUUGUUCAUACGUAUCAAUAAAAUAUUU